UGGGGAGGUUGUUGUAACAGCUUCAGAAGAGUUUUCAUGGCGGAGGGGACGGGACUUGGUGGAAUGGAUCCCCGGGGCUAGUCGGCCUGACAGCCGUAAGCAGACGCGAACAACUACCGUCAACACACCCGGCAGGGCCGGUAGGCCGCCAUGGACGUCCUGGGAGACGAUCAGGCCAUACAGGCCAUCCUAGGUGACAACAUCAGUGAACUGUCAGCAGAGCUCGACUUUCAGCAACUUCAUGACUUCAUUACACAAGACGAGCCGGACGUGUAUUUUCCUGAUAUCCAAGGUGGCCAGCCUACUACAGUAGGAUUCACUGCUGGCUCCAACACUGCACCCAGUCAGGCUCAGGCCCAGGCUCAAGGCCCUAAUCAUUACCACAACGACCUCAAUGGCUACAUAGGGCCCCUGCCUGACUCGCCCCCAGACUCGAGCUCGGAGCCGUGCUCCCCACCCCAGGACCUGCCUGCCGACAGACAGCAGCCCUCAGCAGGACUCAUGGACUCUGGGUUCUCACAACCGUGCAGCUUACAGGACAGAAAUGCACAGAUGGUGCAGGUUCCCCAGCCAGGAAGCAGCUACAUGAAACAGGAGCCGAUGCAGAUGCACUAUCAGACGCUGCCCGGCCAGCAGCCUGGAACCAGCUACAGCAGCAUGCCCCCUCCCCCAGUCUUAGACAUGAGCGCUCAGGGAAACCAGCUGCUAUCUCAGAUAGUCACGAACUCCCCCCAGCCCCAGCGCCCUGCUGCAAAGAAGAGAAAACAUUCCGAGUCCCCGGCAGGUUCCAUCAAUGCUGGCAUGGUGGGGGGACUGCUCACACACAUAAAACAGGAGCCUGGUUUGGUUUCCGAUUGCUUGGGAGACUUUGGGAUUGAUCCGGAUCAAAUCUCGCUGGAUGGCAGCAUGUACAUGGAGAGUAGCACAUAUCAGUCUAUCAAGUGGCAGGCCCACACGCCUAGCAGCUGGCACAAGCUGUACGAUGCACAUCACAGUGAGCUCCCUGCUCCAAGCUACAGAGUUGAUGCGGACAAAGGCUUCAACUUUUCCACAGUAGACGACGCUUUUGUGUGUCAGAAAAAGAACCAUUUCCAGGUGACUGUGCAUGCAGGGCUGGCCGGCCACCCUAAGUACAUCAAAGAUGGCAGCCACUUCAAGGCCAUCCAGAAAUACUGUGUCCACAUCUGUGGUGUUAAGUUUGAAUCCAUCUCCCAGUCUAUAAGAGUGGAGCAAUCCCAAUCAGACAGAAGCAAGAAACCCUUCCAUCCUGCACAUCUUGAACUGCACCCUGACAAAGUGGUGAAGAUGACGUUAGGGCGGCUGCACUUCAGCGAGACCACGUCUAACAACAUGCGCAAGAAGGGCAGACCCAACCCCGACCAGAGAUACUUCAUGUUGGUGGUGGCGCUGCACGCACACACGUCCAACGGCCACUACCUUGUUGCUGCUCACUCAUCUGAAAAAAUCAUUGUCAGGGCAUCGAACCCAGGACAGUUUGAGAGUGAUGACAUCAGCUGGCAAAGAGGACAAAUGCCUGAUGCAAUCUACCACCAGGGAAGGGUUGGCAUCAACACAGAAAGACCAGACGAGGCACUGGUUGUCCAUGGCAACGUGAAAGUGUCAGGACACAUCAUGCAGCCGUCUGACAUGAGGGCUAAGGAGAACAUCAAAGAGGCUGACACAAAAGAAGCCCUGACCAACGUGUCUCAGCUGAAAGUCUACAACUACAACUACAAACCUGAGUUUGCUGAGAAGAUGGGGAUUGACCAGGUGGACGACAAGGGAGUCCUGGCACAGGAGGUCAAAGAGGUCAUCCCGGACGCGGUCAUUGAAACUGGGGAGGACAUUGCCCUGGAGGGCGGAGAAACAAUCAACAACUUGUUAGUGGUCAACAAGGACCGAAUCUACAUGGAGAAUGUUGGGGCGGUGAAAGAGCUGUGCAAGCUGACGGACAAUCUGGAGACCAGAAUAGACGAGCUGGAGCGGAUGAACAAAAAACUUGCCAAGCUGAAGAGACUAGACAGCAUCAAGUCCACCUCCAGUACCAGUACUACAGCUACAACUGUUGGAAGUCGGUGUGGCAGCACUGCAGCUAGUUACAAGGGAAAGUGUCUGAAGAAUGGCAGACAUGGCAGACACCAUGGUCCUCCUCCAACACCGGAAAGACGUUUCUGUUCCCAGAGGUUUAUGCAGGGGGCUGUCAUAGCUCUCGUUCUCAUCAUGGCUUUCUGUGUGGUUGCCAUGACGACCCUGUAUGUUCUGGAGACCCAGACGGCAACAACAGAGUCUACAAGUCCAGUCCAGAGUGUCAGCCUGGCAGAGAUCACCAGUUGGAAUGAGAUGGACCUGGACAGUGAUAACACCAUCUCCCCGACAGAGUUCGUCAAAGUCAUCAGCGGAGCCAAACUGUUCGAUCAUCUGGACACGGAUGGAAACAUGUACCUGUGGCAGGACCAGCUGGUCCCGCUGGUUUCCGUGGAUACGUACCACCAGAUGGACAUGAACAACGACACGUGGGUCAGCGCAGACGAGGCCCACAAGUCAGGCAUCCUGCGGCUGAUCUUCGACAACUUUGACAAGAACGGUGAUGGCUUACUACAGCCAGUUGAAGCAGAGAAGAUGCUUGCGGCAGUCCGUAACAUUCCAACUGAACCUCCAUUAAUAAACCCGAACCCCACCCAGAACCCUCCUCCCCUGGACACCGCUUCUCCAGACCACCCUUUCCCUGUAGAACUGGGGACAGUCAGCCCAGUGAAUGGGACAGCAGCAGCCCUGCCCCAGAUUUACUGCUGCGCACACGUCCCACAUGACUCCCGGGUUCCUACAGUACCACCAAUCAUCCCGACAUCUGCUGUGCCCCAUGUGACCACCUCAGGACCAGCCAGGUCCCCCUCACAGUCACAGACUGUCGUUAUUCCCAGCAAACCUCAAGUCAUCAUCGGAGAUGGAACAGGUUACAAGAACAUGUCCCGGGGCUCUCAAAUCCCCACCAAAGAUGCCAGUGAUUUGAAACCCUUAGACGAGGGUAUACAAAACGAGCCCAUCGACCACAAAGGGUCCAAUAUCAAGCGGCGUUCGGCAGAGUCGGAGGAUGUUGGGGAGGGCCCGGUGGUCUCACUAGUGCUGAGCACAGUGGUAACAGCCAUGGGCAUUGUUGAGAGAGAUCUUGUCCUCGAGCAGAACCUCUGCUCUGCCCAGAACUCCUGCAGUGGAGGGAACUACAGUCUUCACAUCAGCAUGCACACACCCAUGCAGCUCCUGACUCUGGAGUUCAAUACUUCCAGUGCUGUAGACAUCAAACUGUGUGGGCAGAUAACAGACUCAGUGUGCCCUGAACAAGGGGACACAGACAUCAACCAUCCAAACACAGUCGAGGAGCAAACUGCUGUCACAACUGGCCAUCAUCAUCUAUGGGAUGUGGACGCUGCACUUUUCCCACAAACAACCUACAUCUUCAGAGUCGUGGAAAUGGGUACUACUGACAUUGGAUGCUCCACCUCACAAGACCUUGCCGGCUCACAAUACCUGGAGUACACCAUCACCUUCAAAAGACUGUGUGAUGCUAGAUAGACCCUCAUCAUUUCCUAAUGACAUUACCACAUAAACACAUGCAUACAUGUGCAAGGGUUAUGUUAAAUUACUGUUGGGGCAAAGUUGAACUUGUCGGUGUUCCCAUGGUACAAAAGCCUUGUCUGCUGUAAGCAAGAAACGCACUGAUAAAAUCAGUUCCAUUGCUGGGGUCUCAAAGUAUCAAGGCUUCAUUCAAACACACCCAUACAGCCAAUGGUGCCUUCCUAUGACCACUCCUUCAGGCCAUUGUGUUGACUGUUCCAUUGUAAAAAUAGGGGUGUCAAUGGCGUGAGCACCACUGAGGAUUGUAUGUAUAUGAUUAUGAGCAAGUAGACUGAUAAGGAUUAACAUCCUUUGUGUUUUAUAAAAAUAAAACCUCUCUGUAAAUAAAGUAUUACUGAUUUUACUGCUCUGGAGAAAAGACAGCUACAGGAUCUCACGUAUAUAUAUUUUGGAAUGGUUGCUGAUACUAGCAUUACAACAUAUCAUUCUGACAAUCAAAGUGUUGUGCCUUUUACUACCAAUGUGCUCUUCAGAAGGCAAAAUCAGCUUAAUGUCACACAAACUUCAAAGUGUCCUUUC